AUGACAAUCCACCUUUUAAUAAUUGCUCAACAUUCAUACACGCUAUUCACAACACCUACAACACUUACAACACUAUACCACUGGACCCCAUCCUCGUUCACGCAUCUGGUCUAUCUCGCAACGACACUUUUUCACGUGUGCACAUUACUUGCAAACAUAUUGAAGCUAUCACGCAUCGAGCGAGCGUUUGUGCUGUACGGAACGUGGAUCGUAUGGUCGGGCUGGGCCAUUUGUUUGAGUUUGAUCGAACGUAACGAAAUCAAAAUGGAAGAGGAGAAAAGCUGGGAGCUGUCUCCAGAGAGAGAGGGAGACGAGUUUGUUAUCGACGAAUUAAAGGGUAGCGAGUUGCCUCCAUUUUUGAUCCAUUCCGAUUGGACAUCGACGUUCUUUCCUAUCCUUUCGUUCCUACUAUUGCUCGCGCUUCGUCGUGGUCAUUGGGGCCUUAUUACGUGGGAACAUUUGGUGCUGCUCGAAGCCACAUCCCAUCUCAAGUGGUAUCGCAUCUGGUGUUUAUCUGGCGCAUCGGCCGGGUGGAUCCUGUUCUGGGAAGGUGUAAAAUAUUAUUUCCAUAUUACUCUCAUUUAUCGAACUGAUCUGACUGCGUUUCCUGGAAUCGCCGGCACUGUGUGGACUAAUCUAUGGAGUGGAAUGCUAUUGGCUAUGUGGUGGAGUUUUUGGACAUUUCAAUACAGAGGAGUGGUGUGGAAGAGAGAGCUUUUGGAAGGUGUUGCAGUGUGGAGCGAUGAUGAUGGAUGGGUCAGAGUUGGGGGUGUUGGACAACAAAAACUAGGAUAA